ACAACGACCUCAUGAGGUCGUUGUGGCCCGUGCACCACAUCUGCUCCCCCACCAUCUUGGCCAUUUUGGGGUCUGGAUCAUUUGGGGAACUUGCCCACGGUCGCAAAUUUAAAACGUACAAUCAAGAUUUACGAAAAGUACUCCCAACCACUACUUUUCUAAACAACGCCUUCCACGCUUCGAUAAUUGAAGGUAUUGGCGCUUCAAUAACACAUCUUUCCUUACCUCCCUCCCAUUCACAACCGAUCAUCGGAAGCGACAAACCCCACCUCAAAUCAAGUAGCACAUACAAUCUCACAUACGACUUUCCCUUCGACAUUAUGGAACAUCGACAACGAAUUAUAGAGGGCCUCUCGAACGCAAUCUCCCAAUACACAGUCCAGACGGCCACAUCUACUUCAGCCUCCGAGUUGCGAAAACCCACUGAAGAACUCAUCAACAAUCUCAAAGACAUCAUAUCGAAUGCAGAAUUAACGCUAAACCUAAGAAACACCGGCGUAAUAACACCGAUCAACUCGCCCCCUCCACCACUCCGAAGCAACCAUCUGGAAACGAAUACUUCCCUAUCCCCUUUACAGCUUGGAAGUAACUGGAUUCGCGAGCUCAAAGAACGCUGCCGACCUUCCACAGCGUCCAUCAUCAAGGUCGAUAUCGAAAACACAGGGAUUGACUGGCCUAGGCUAGCAUCACGUGCUGAUCCCCCGCCCUGGCAUGAUCAAUACGCAGUCCAUUAUGUCAAGGACCCUUACACUCCAGGCGUUACCUACCUCUACCUUUCAAAUUCGGAUGAAUUACACCCCAUCGAUUUCACAAACAACAAGAAAUUGCAACCUCCAUCGUCUAAGGAGGCUGCUUUAGAUUUUACGGAACGUAUUGCCACUACCCCCCCCAGCAAAGACAAACUCAUCUACUACGUUGGACCUGCCAACGAUGAGAAACUUCCAAAAUUCUUCCCGUCCGGGAAACUCUCUCGGGAAUACGGUCCAAUCGAGGGGGUUAGUAUCCCAUAUAUCCAUAUGGGCGAAGCAGGAUCAGGCACAGCUUUCCACUGCGAAGACGCCGACUUCCGUUCUUACAACGUCACCAUCUAUGGAUACAAAAUCUGGAUUCUGGUCGAUCUCAAAGACACAACAAAGUUCGAAGAGUAUUUUGACACCCGCUACACCGAUCGCAAGGAAUCGAAAUGUGAUCAAAGGGUUCGACACCAAUGUUGUAUACUCGCCCCUAGCCUUCUGGUUAGCCUAGGAAUCAAUUUCGACAUUGUUUGCACGGGUCCUGGGGAUCUGAUUGUCACAGAACCACGACAAUACCACGCGGUCAUCAAUUUUACCGAUUCUCUUGCUGUUUCGACGAAUUUUGUUUACGAAGACGAUAUACCGAUCAGACCGAACUGGCUUGUUUGCCCGAAGGAUGGGUUGUUUCUACUCGAUGAACCAAAUCUUCGAAAGUUUAAACAAUCACCUAAACCUAAGAGGAAAGCCGAGGUCGAAUUAGUAAGGUCUGAAAAAGCGAAACGGAUCAGACGUCUCCCAGAAAGGAAGAAGGGCGAUAGGAUGGAUGUUGAUAACGAAGACAUACAUAAAAGCGGAGAUACCGAUCUUAUUAUGGGGGGUCAACAUCAUACUCCAGAUGCCGGCGAAGAUUCGGCCAACGACGAUAAGGAUCCCGACGAUGAUGAGGAUCCCGACGAGGAUUCAGCCAACGACGAUCAAGAUGCUGGCGAGGAUUCUACUACGACCGAUCAAAAUACCGGCCAAGAUCUGAUGGACAUUAAUCAAAAUCCUGCCGUUUAUUCUAUUCGGACUCUUCCAUAUACUAACAAACAUUCGGCUACGAUGAAAGGGAUGAAAGAUAUUGAUAAGCUAGAAAUUAGCAAGACAUUCGCAGAACUCACUAUGAGUGAUGGGAUUCGGGCCUUUUUCACAUCUGUCAGACUUUUCAGGAUUCAGGAGGCAGAAAAUCCAUCGUUACUGGAGAGUUUCAGAAAAGCGGUAGGAAGCGACUUUGCCACUCGUAUUCGUCACUUCGACACACUACGACAAAAGGCGAAUGAUCAAAUCACCUUUUCUUCAUUCCUCCACUUAAUCUCAUGCUUUCAAAUGUCUAAAACGCUGCACGACGGCCGAGAGCGGGCAAGCCCUGACAGCUUAAACGCCAUAUCAACCAACAAACAGGAGCAGGGAAAGAUAAAGAAGUACGCGCGAUAUGGCCGAAAGAUGGGGCAGUGCGUCGGGGAAUAUGAAGGACUAAUAUGUUUCUUACCCCGUUCUUUCGGAGGAAGUUUCUCGCUGAACAAGUUUGAGAAGGUAAUACCUACCGAAGUGUAUAACCAUCUCGAAGGAUAUGGGAAGGAAAAGCUAUCAGCCUUGGAUCAGAUGGGUAGAGAGUUUAUGGAUUCCGUAUGGGAGGGAAAGCAGUUUCAGGAAAGGAAGUUCGAAGGACUUUCAGAUGCUGAAUUGGCGAAUAUGGAGUUGAAGGAAUUUUUUUCACACCUUAGCGAGGUUUGAGAUUGAUGCGGGACUAUUGCAUCACAUGUAUGAUUAGCUCAAUUGAUUGAUUAAAUAGUUUGGGCGAUAUUAGAGGCUCUGGCAGGCACGUGCAUCUACCUUCGAGCAUUCGUCAACUACGAAGUGA